UCUUCCCUCGCGCUCUUGGGUCUUUUUUUUUCUUUGCUUUUUCUCCCUCUGCUGCCGUUGCGGUCCCGAUUCCCGGUCGAUAGCAAGAAACUCCAGAAAGCUCUGCCGCUCUCGAACCAAGUCUACCUCCACCACCGCCGCCAAUUCACAUCAGGCCAUGUCGGACCCUCUCCAGGUUGCAGGGAAGAGAAAGCGAGCCAGGACGCAGUCCUGCCCGCCUCCCGAAUUGCCGCAGCUCGUUGCGGAGCAGCAUGCUCCUAUCCCCGCCCAUGACAAGGAGACCCAGCGUUUGAUCGUUGUUCUCUCCCAUGCCAGCUUGGAAACCUAUAAGGCUUCGAGCGGGCGCAACGGCUCAGGCCGUGAUGAGAAAUACUCCUUGCUCAACAGUGACGAGCACAUCGGUGUCAUGCGCAAGAUGAACCGGGACAUCAGCGAGGCUCGCCCGGAUAUUACACAUCAGUGCCUGCUCACCCUGCUCGACUCCCCCGUGAACAAGGCCGGUAAGCUGCAGAUCUUUAUCCACACCGCCAAGGGCGUUUUGAUCGAAGUGAACCCCACCGUUCGCAUUCCCCGUACGUUCAAGCGGUUCGCCGGUUUGAUGGUCCAGCUCCUCCACCGGCUCUCCAUCCGUUCCACCAACUCCCAGGAAAAGCUCCUGAAGGUCAUCAAGAACCCCAUCACCGACCACCUGCCCCCCAACUGCCGUAAGGUGACCCUCAGUUUCGAAGCCCCCGUGGUGCGUACCCGGGACUACAUCGAGUCGCUGGGCCCUAAGGAGAGCGUGUGUAUCUUCGUGGGUGCCAUGGCCAAGGGUCACGAUGAUUUUGCCGACUCCUUCAAGGAUGACACGAUCAGUAUCAGCAACUACAGCUUGAGUGCGAGUGUUGCGUGCAGCAAGUUCUGCCAUGCCGCCGAGGAAGUGUGGGAUAUUGUCUGAGCGAGGCACGAUUGACGCUCCUAUCCCGCUUCUCAGAAACGGCCAAAGCUUGACGAGGUGACGAAUUUCCUUGCGCUGAUACACUGGAUGGGCAUGAUCGAGAA